AUGACAAUUGAUCGCGGCGAGGGCCUUCCACACAAGCCGAAAUACGAAUGGAGGAGGGAUGGCCUUGCUGCUACACGUGUCUUCGAGUAUUAUUGGGCAUCAAAUACGAUAUCAACAUUAGGAAUAUUCGAAGUGACCAGUGCAGCAGUCGGCUAUGCGAAUAGAGAGGUCAACUCUGGCAGCGUUUUUUUGUUCACACAGAGUCUUCUCGUUUCCGUCCGAACGGUUGCCAAUAUACUCUGUAGGAGAUCGCUAAGACAAGAACAAACACUGUUCGUGGCGUCGUGGGGUGACAGCGUGUUGUCGAACGGUUAUGCUGAUCGAAUGGUUCCGUUAGCAACUUCAUUGUACGAAUGCAACAUGUAUGUCGCUCUUACAGUGCCAGCUAUCGACAAACGUCGCAGCGAGCCGGUAGCAGCCCCGGAAUUGCAUCAAAAUUUGACGGUGUGCACUUCAGCGCCGCAUCACCUUUUUCGGGAAUUCUGCUCCGAGGACGCCACCGUUGGAAUACCGACACCUCGUUCUAGCCCGUCGAGAUCGGGUAUAUUGUCGGCGUCGGCCAGCCCGAAACGAAGUGCGUCGUCAGCUUCUGUCGUACCCCCGCGACGUUGUUCGACAGCAAUAGCUGAUCGUCGCAUAUCGGCCGCGCCUUCAUGUUUCGUUAUUGGUGGCGUAAUAGGUAGCGCUGCUGGGGGGAGCAGCGGGUCUCGCCAACGCAGAGCUGAUGACGAUUUCGACGGCUGGCUCGAGUUUUAUCAGAAGCGAGUUCCGCCCCCUAGGAAAAGCUCUCUUUCGUGUCUUUCGCCGAACGCUGGGGGGUACCGCUGUCGCUCAUUCUCGAUCACGCCCAAGGGUAGCGUACUUAAUCUUGGCGAGCGAAUACGACUCGUUGGCGCGUCUGGCGUAGGGAAAUCGUGCCUUGUGGAACAGCUUAGAGACGGCUUCUCUAAUAACACAAACGAAUUAGGAUACCUCGAUAUUGUAACGAGUCCACCACCGUCAGCGCAAUGCAGCCUGGAUACUCAGUCAACGAGAAUCCUUUUAGACGGAGAGGAGUUUGAUGUUGAUUUUGAUGAACUGCUUAAUACAGACGUUAACAUUGACAGUGUGAGCAGAUCAGAUGCGUUCGUCGUAAUCUACUCUGUCACAGAUCGUUCGAGCCUGGACGCGGCGGAGGACACCCUCAAGUGCCUGCGAAGAACUUUCGGCUAUUGUCGUGGAGGAACUAACAAACGACGCCCUCUUGCGGCCACGUCACGACCUAGCCAACAUGAACAUUCUCAGGCACUUCAGGCUAAACCCAUCAUACUUGCCGGCAACAAGGCAGAUCUUGCCCGAAAGCGAACCGUUUAUGUCGAAGAGGGACGCGCUUUGGCCAAGAGGUUUGAUUGUCGUUUUCUCGAGACGUCCGCUUGUAUCGGUCACAACGUUGAUGAGCUGCUUGUAGAAACCUUGAAACAAAUUCGACUUCUGAAGCGCCGCUCACCGUCGCUUCCCGGUUGGUCACUAUCGUUUCCGGCAAAGUUCGUCGCGUGUUCAGAAAUCACCGAUCUGCCAUCGCUUACCGGUGCAUCCGCUCCGUCGAACGCGGCAAAUUCAACUCCAUGUUCGGCUGCGAUAGCCGGGCGGUCAGAGGCUCGAACCUUCUGCUUUAAAGCGAGAAGUUUCUCACGGAGGUUUUAGACUUGGUGCGAUUCUAGCAGGACGCGGUCUUAUGAUGAUCUGGACGUCCUGUGAGAUGACGCACAAGUUUAAGAUUUUCUGAUAGGAUGUUUUAGCGUAACUCUCUUUGUGGCAAAAAAAAACAACUAAAUCGAAAGUAGAUUGACAGAAGUGGACUAAGAAUUGUAAAAUUUUGUGAAACACGCCAGACUUUCUGCGAACAACGAGCCAACAGAAGCAUACGUAAUGGAACCCUUAAGAAUAUAUCUGUGGUGUAUUAAUGCUUACAUAACUUUAGCUAUGACAACUAGUCAUUCUUAAAACGUUUGAAUUGUCUAAGCUUUUCUGGAAAUUAUUUUUCGAGGUAAGUCUGAAGAGUAUGCCUUGUGCGACGAACUUUUGUGGUCGCGACCCAGGGUCUUUAUUUCCGUAUUGCUUAUUUACAAUUUUAGAUCAACAAACGAAAGGUUCUAAUUACAUUUUAUUAUGCUGUUUAUUGUGUAAAUAAAUAUUUGUAGUUGUAGUUGUGAUAUAAUACAUGAAUGGCCAGAAAUUGUUGCACAAAUAAGCUAUAAUAGCUACGAUUCAUAUUGGCGCUAUGGAAAAAAAAACAUUGAUAACGAUAUCUAGCGCGUAACGAUCAUUUGAAGUUUCGCGACGAAAGCUUUGUGUCUACAGCGAUGAGUCUAUGUUGUACUUAUUUAAUUUGCUUUCAUAAACCUCUUACUAGAAAGAGCAAGCUAAUAUUCGAAUUUCUCUAGAUCGGUCUUCGAAGCUGGUCGAGAAUACAGACGAGGGAAAGAUCUUUCGUUGACACAGACCGCUUACUGACAAGACGUCUAGAGGAAGUAACUUAAUUCUAUCAAUUCGUAUUUAGUAGUUCAAGUAGAAAUUAAUAAAUAGACUAUUUGCUAUUACG